ACACAGGCUCCUGACUGCAUGUUUUUCAAUGUGCAGGGUGUAUCAAGAUGGCCGCUGCUAGCGAACUGUGGGUGUACUAAGAUGGCUAAACGAGAGUUCUGAUUGGCUGGGGGGGUUGCUGUGAUGAAUUUCGGUGGCGUGUGAGGCCCGGGGUACCGCAUUCCGGUGCUUAUCUGCCCCCCCCCAUUCCCCGGGGUCCCCACAGGUGAUCAAGGAACCCCAUUCCAGGCAAGAUGGCUGAGGAGGCAGAUGUGGACAUUGAGGGGGAUGGGGCAGCAGACUGCAGCCAGGGGAAGUGCGAGGAGCUGAGCUCUGGGUUUGUUCCCGGUCACUAUCUGGAUUCUGUGUGGAAGAGCAAUGAAGACCUCACUCCCUGGACCCUGGACAGCAGCAUCAGCGAUGAGAACCGGGCUGUCAUUGAGAGGAUGCUUCUUGAAGAAGAAUAUUAUUUAUCCAACAAGCCGAUUCCAGCAAAGUUUUUCUCCGACUCGAACAUUGCAGAAAAGGCCGCCAUCAAGAGGAGCCCCCAGAAGAAAACUGCUCGUGUCCCGAUCCGAUCUCCCUCUAAGCCCAGUAGCGGAGCUGUGAAGUGGACGGUGGAGGAGAGAGAUCUAUUUGAGCAGGGGCUGGCAAAGUUUGGCAGAAGAUGGACGAACAUUGCCAGGCUGAUAGGGAGCCGCACGGUGCUACAGGUCAAGAGCUACGCCAGGCAGUAUUUUAAGAAUAAGUGUAAGGAGGAGAACAGCGAAAAAGAGGGCAAAGCGCUGGCGGCGGAGCUUCCCGUUUUCCACGCUGAGAAUUCCGAGGAAGAAGCGAAUCUCUCUGCAUUCCGAGGUCGAGCGGACCCCAACCUCAACGCGGUAAAGAUUGAGACCUUAUCAGAUGAUGAGGAGGUGGACAUAACGGAUGAGGUGGGUGAGGCAUUUGUCAACAGCGAGGACCUUCCUGACACGGCGAUAAAUCCAGAAGAUACGAUCUGCCAGGUGAAGGAAGAGGCCAUCCAUCCCACCGCGGGACAAAGUCACCUCACCCCGGAACGGCCGCACACCGAUGUUCCAGAGACAGAGGCGCUUUGUCAGAAGGACCCCGGUGACAGGGACGCUUUUUAUUGCUUCUCAUGCGUGUCACACAGCGACACUUUGACAUCCACACAAGACGAAGAGGUCAGCCGAGACUCCACUUGUCUGGGCGCAGAGGAUAAAGAUGUUGACACUGCGAUGGUUCAGGCGUCUCCACCCUAUGAGGACGAAGACGCCCCAGAAGAAGAUAUAAAACCACCCGACCAGGAGGUGGUGCUAGAACCAGACUUCAUCCAGGAAGAAGAGAAACAAGCCAUCCCAGAAUUCUUUGAGGGGCGCCCAGCAAAGACUCCGGAGCGCUAUCUCAGGAUACGCAAUUACAUCUUGGAUCAAUGGAAGAAUUCUAAGCCAAAUUACUUGAACAAAACUUCAGUCCGCCCGGGACUAAAGAACUGCGGAGACGUGAACUGCAUCGGGCGUGUCCACACCUACCUGGAAUUAAUUGGCGCCAUUAACUUUGGCUGUGAACAAGCAUUUUACAAUCGGCCCCGUCCAUUGGAUAAAACAAAGACCAAACUGGUAAAAGAUACAUUGGAGGCGUACGAGUUCGCCCACCGCCUGCAGACUAUGCGCACCAGACGAAGGCGUGUCCGGGACCCGUGGGGGAAUUGGUGUGAUUCCAGAGACCUCGAGGGACAGACGUUUGAGCAUCUCUCUGCAGAGGAGUUAUCUCGGAGACGGGAGAGAAUGAAGGCCCUGCGAUGCUCCAAGGGAUCCAGACCACCCAAGAGCACAUUUGACCCGUUCCAGCUCAUCCCCUGCCUUGACUUUACUGAAGAGAGGCAGGCUCCCUUCCAAGUGAAGAUCUCAGCGGAGGCCAUGCUAAUAUUAGAUUUGCACUCGCACGUCUCCAUGGCGGAAGUCAUAGGAUUAUUAGGAGGAAGAUAUUCGGAAGAAGAACGUAUUGUAGAAAUUUGGACUGCGGAGCCGUGUAACAGUCUCAGCACGGGGCUGCAGUGUGAAAUGGACCCGGUUUCUCAGACUCAGGCAUCAGAAGCCCUGUCGCUGCACGGAUACAAUGUCAUCGGAUGGUACCACUCUCAUCCUGCCUUUGACCCCAAUCCGUCCAUCCGGGAUAUCGACACCCAGGCCAAGUACCAGAGUUAUUUUUCCCGCGGAGGAGCAAAGUUUUUGGGGAUGAUUAUCAGUCCGUAUAACCGCAGUAACCCCCUGCCGCAGUCGCAGCUUUCCUGCCUGGUGAUCGGUGACGAUCUGAGUGAGGACGGCUCGUACAGAAUACCAUACAGGUUUGAUGUGGAGCACAUGACCGGUCAGCCGAGCUGGGAGGCCAUUUUUGAGAAGACCAGGUGGAUUGUGGAGAAGUAUCGCCUAUCUCACAGCAGCGUUCCGAUGAACAAAAGGUUCCGCCAGGACAGCGAUCUGACGUGUCUGCAGAAGCUCCUGACGUGCCUGCGGAGGACGCUGGUGAGCGCAGCCUGCUCGGAGUUUGCCGAUGAGUUUCUUAGCCAAAUAGAAGAUUAUUUCCUCACCAGCUAUACGAGCGUCAAAGAUGAUAUGGGAGGGGCUCUGGCCGCAGUCGCCGAAACGGAAACCUCCACAUCGGACGCAGCGGCUGAUGACUGAAGACUUCCCGGGACACACGCUCAGAUCUCUAUGACCUCUGUGUGUGUGU